AUGGAGGAGGUGCUGCUGCUGCUGCCACUCUUGAUUUCUGCAGCAGCUGCACAGGUCGGGCCGCGAAUUGUGGGUGGAAAGACUUGUGGUGAACACUCACAGCCUUGGCACGUGGCCCUUUAUGACAUGAACCGGUUCUAUUGCAGCGGGACUCUGCUGAACAGACGGUGGAUACUGACUGCAGCACACUGCAGAAUGCCAGGCCCCACCUACAUACGCCUGGGAGUAACCAACAUGACCAUCACAGGAUUUGGUGAACAGCAGAGAAGGGGGACAGAGUUUGUGGUGCACCCAAACUACAACCCUAAGGACAAGGACAAUGACAUCAUGAUGAUCAGGCUCUCCCAAUCAGUGGACAUCAACGACAGUGUCCAACCUCUCGACGUGGCCUAUCAAUGUGUUGCUCCUGGAACACAAUGUCUUGUGACGGGCUGGGGCACGGUCACCAGCCCUAAAGUAACCAUUCCUGAAACACUGCAGUGCGCUUACCUGCACAUUGUCCCUCAGGGGAUAUGUGAGAGCGUCUAUCCUGAUGCCAUUACGAACAACAUGCUGUGUGCAGGUGAGGGGGAUGGAAGCGUUGACUCCUGUCAGGGUGACUCUGGGGCUCCCCUCAUCUGUGAUGAAAAACUUCAGGGCAUUGUGUCUUGGGGUCCAGAAUUCUGCGGCCAGCCUGGAAAACCCGGUAUCUACACCAAGGUCUGCAACUAUGUGGACUGGAUUCAGAAGAUAAUACGGCGUGUGUGAAACCUGCAUGAAUGUGAAGGAGUAAUAAAUAAAACAUGAGAAAUCACCUCGA